AUGCAUCGGCUCCCCCUGCGGUGGCCGUACAAUCUGAGGUCGCGCCUGAAGUUGAUCCUGAACAACCGGCAGGUUCUCAAGACGAACUCUACAGUCGUUGACUCAGAAAGCCCUUCGCCUCCAGAAGUUUUAUCUGAAACGAAGGACCUUUCGACCGCAGAUGAUCCGACUCCCGAUGAAGUGGUCGUCGAAUCUCAUGUCUCGCCUGACAUUACUACCGACCCGAAGUUGGACACUCAAGAUGAAGCCAUCGAACCCUCAACUCACACUGAGAGUACGCUCGAGAGCUCUAAGGAACUACCUGAGAGCGCUCUUGACUUGAAAAACUCUUCAACUUCAGAAGUCCCAGCUGAAACUAAGGACCUUUCGCCCACGGAUGAUUCGACGCCCCCUACGGUGGUCGUUGAGUCUGAGGAUUCGCCUGACCUCGGCGCUGAUGAGGCUUUGAACCACCUCGGACAACCAAGUUACAGAAACACCAGAGACAGAAGGAACCGAAGCUGA